GAAAUAUGAACUGUUAUUUUCUUCACAAUUAUGGAAUAUACGGAAAGUAAAACAUUAUUUUCACAAAACAUUAUUAUGGAAUACAUGAACUGGAAAGGAGCUUUUAUUUUCAUCUCCUCUAGACUGUCCCCAACUGUUUUGUCUUCUUCCCAAAUUGUAGCAGAACACAAAACAUGCUUUACUGGAAUUAGAGGGGGGAUACAAAUUCCAGAAUGUUUUGGUGAAGUGGGGGAAUGAGGUGGGGUUUAGAUAAUAGAAUUCUGAUAUAGAGCCGUCUGUUCUUUGUUUGAGAAGUUAAUUGCUUGGAUUUGAUUUUGUUCUUAACCCAGGUUUGGAAAGAGUUUGGUUGUUUAUAAAAGAUUCUCAUUAUUUCAUAAGAAAAAAAAAAAAAAGAGAGAAAGAAAAAAGAGACUGCUUUAAUGGGGUCUGAUGAUGAUGAAGAAGAGACAGCAGGGCAAAGUUGUAGAUCAUGGAGCCAGGAAUUUCCCACAGGGAAUCUGAAGCAAUUGCUGAUUGAAUGUGCUAAAGCUGUGUCCGAUAACAGAAUGGAUGUUUUUGAAAGGUUGAUUGAAAAGGCUAGAGAUGAUGUGUCAAUCACAGGAGAACCAAUCCAGCGUCUUGGUGCUUACAUGGUUGAAGGGCUGGUGGCAAGAAAGAACGCAUCGGGCGCCAACAUUUACCGAGCCCUUAAGCGUAGAGAGCCUGAAAGCAAAGACUUGCUUUCCUACAUGCAUAUCCUGUCAGAAAUCUGCCCCUACAUAAAAUUUGGUUAUAUGGCAGCCAAUGGGGCCAUUGCUGAUGCAUGCAAAAACGAGCACCGCAUCCACAUCAUAGACUUUCAGAUUGCUCAGGGAACCCAGUGGGUGACUCUCGUUGAAGCACUCGCAGCUCGACAUGGAGGGCCUCCCCAUGUGCGGAUUACAGGGAUUGAUGACCCUGUUUCCAAUUAUCCCCGUGGAGAUGGUUUGGAGGCAGUAGAGAAACGGUUGGCAGCAAUUUCUCAGAAAUUUAAAAUCCCAGUUGAGUUUCAUGGAAUCCCAGUUUUUGCUCAAGAUGUUACAAGGGAUAUCCUCAAUGUAAGGCCUGGGGAGGCUCUGGCUGUAAACUUCCCUCUGCAGCUCCACCAAAUCCCAGAUGAGAGUGUUGAAGUGAGUAAUCCGAGGGAUGCGCUUCUGAGAAUGGUGAAGUCACUUUCUCCAAAGGUUGUCACUUUGGUGGAGCAAGAAUCAAACACAAACACAGCCCCUUUCUUCCAUAGGUUUGUAGAAGCUCUAGAAUACUACUUGGCGUUGUUUGAGUCCAUUGAUGUCACCAUGCCAAGAGACAACAAGGAUCGGAUAAAUGUGGAGCAGCAUUGUGUGGCCAGGGAUAUUGUGAAUGUCAUUGCUUGCGAGGGGAAGGAAAGGGUGGAGCGCCACGAACUGUUUGGCAAAUGGAAAUCUAGAUUGACAAUGGCGGGGUUCCGCCAAUACCCUUUGAGCUCUUAUGUCAACAGUGUGAUAAAGAGCCUGCUGAGGUGUUAUUCAGAACAUUAUAUGCUUGUGGAGAAGGAUGAGGCCUUGCUGUUGGGCUGGAGGGACAGGAACCUGAUCUCGGCUUCUGCCUGGCAAUGAUAAAUUGAUCAGGUAGCCACAGAAAUAAGCACUUCUGUAAUGUAUUGACAUUGCCACAUGCUGCAGAAGUACUUGAUCAUAAGCUGUAACAUCAGCCAAUGGAGGAUGCAUUGAAUAAUUUUGUGUGUCAUGGAAUUGAUAUGUUUGUAGGGAUAAAUUGGAUUCUUCUGGAAUUGUUGGUAUAUCAAAGCAAAUUUUGAUGUUGCUUUAAGGCCUUCUUUCUCAGUUAUUGCUGCUGUGAUCAGUGAUUCUUCUGUAAGGGUACUGAUAGCAGCAGCCUCUACCUCUAAGUUAAAUUCUAGUUAACAACAAAGGAGAAGCUUAUAAGGCAGCUUUUUUAGCAAUUGAGUUAGCCUCCUCAUGAGUUGGAUUCAAGCCUCUAAUUCUAGAAGGGGAUUCUCUUAUAACAAUUAUGCCUAUUAAUGGCCUUCAACAAUCUUGGAAUGGAGAAUUGAGCCAAUUAUAAGGGGGCGAAAAGGCGGUUAUUAGCGGUUAGGAUUCUCUUGUAUUGCAUUUUUACAUUAUAGAAACUAAGGGUGAAAAGGCAGGCGAUUAUUAAUCACCCGCUAAAUACUAAUCGUACUAACCGCUAAUCGCUUUUGAAGGCGGUUAGGAAAAACUGUUAACCGCCUAUAUACCUAUAUAUGAA